AUAUUAAAGGGAGUGAGUCGCUAGCUCUUGACUAGUGAAGACACGUUAUUGCUGAUCUACGUAAUUAAAUUCGAAAAAAUUAUCUAAAGUUACUGUUUACAUACCGGAGUUGUGUCAUAGGUUGUGUAGUGAAACGACCACAAAAAAAUAUAACAAACCGAAUAACCUUUUGAUCUAAAUUUAACAAAAUAAGAUAAAACAUUCCCGUGACUGGUGUACGUUGAAUUGGCUGCAGUGAUUAUUGUUGGUGAGACAAUAUCAACAAAAUUAAAAACUACCCACAGAAAAAAAAAAAAAAAAAAAACCUGACGCACAGUAUACGAUCGACAAUUUCGUUUACGACCUGUAGAAAUUGGUGGCGCAGUGAGGAGAGUUACGACUUGACUUUGAAAGGUCCAUGUUUCAAACCUGUCUACUGGCUCUGUCUUUUUGUGGAUUGUAGGAUUUGUGUAUGUUCAGUUCAUAGUUCAUUUCUGAUAGAUAAAUUAUUGGUGUGAUAUACAUAUAUUUUAGAAAUGUCCUCUAAAAAUGGGUUGCAAUGUGGGGCCUGCCUAAAGGAUAUAAUAGACAAAAAUUACAUAAAAUGUUGCAUAGAUUCUUGUAAAGUGCCGUUUCACCGUGACUUAUGUAUAGGACCAUCCCCUCCAGAAGACGUGCGUAAAUGGGUGUGUCAAAAAUGUCGUUGCAGUUUGAAAAAAGGAGGCGAUAACACUGAGACACCGGUUAAGGCCUCCUCUACGAGCGUGAAUGUUACCAUACGUAAUAAAAAUAAAGCUAGCACGUCCAUUGAAAAAUCACCAGAACUGGAGAAUAGUAGUUUGGGAUCUUUAAUUGCUGAAAUUCGAUUCUUGAGGCAAGAUGUAUCACAACUCACAGACAAAGUAACUGAAAUAUUUUCGGCACUCACCCAAUGUUGUGAAAGGCUAUCCGAAGUAGAAAAUCAUAUGACACGAACUGAUCAACGUUUAAAAUUAUUAGAGGAGCGUGAGGCUGAAGUGGCAUCAUUGCAAUGUCAGGUACACACGCUCCAAGAUCAGCUUAGUAAUCAAGCACAGGCCGCAUUGCGCAAUGAGAUAGAACUAGUAGGUAUCCCCGAAACUUCUAGUGAAAACUUGUCGCAAAUAGCAACAGUCCUUGCUACGAAAAUUGGAGUUGUUUUGAAUGAAACGGAUGUUGAUUGGGUGACCAGAGUUGGAUUAAAGCGCGCUCCAGGUACAGGGAAAUCAUUGCCAAGACCAAUUGUUAUUAGGUGUGUUAGAAGGGGGAAGCGCGACGAAAUUCUUAGAGCAGGAAAAUCGCGAAAGAACUUGUCGACACAGGACUUGCCUAUUAAAGCAGAUGUGCAGAAGAUCUUUAUUAAUGAACGUUUAACCAGCGAAAAACGUAAGUUAUUUCGCGAAUCACGAAGUCGGGCAAGCAAUGCUGGAUACAAAUACUGUUGGACUCAAAAUGGCAACGUAUUCAUACGAAAACGGGAGGGCAGUUCGGCAAUACAAAUUCGAUCACAAGCUGAAAUGGCAGAAAAACUUGCCGUUCCGGAGAAUAAUUAAUGUAAUCAUUCAUUGUAUGCUUAAUAGCGUAAAUAAA